UAUGGUUUGAAGCCGGGCAUGUAUUGCACGAAACAUUCCCAUUAAACGAAGGAAUAUAUUCUCCGUCACAGGAGGCUACGAGCAAGAUUCGCAAACCAGUUUCGGUUCCGCGAUAGCAGGUCCAAAUUCAGUCAGAUUUGACCCAUCGGGGAGGUUGAAGUGCUUGAGGUAAAAAGUUCUAACUAGGAGUUAAUUGGGACGACAAAAUGUUCGCACUACGGGCUGCCACCAAGGCAGAUGCCUCAAAGAUUUUAUCGUUCUUCAAUCAAUACGGUCGUGGAUAUGCCGCAAAAACCGCCGCUAAGGCCGCUGGUGCUGCCGCCCCUGGUAAGGUUGUCGCUGUCAUCGGUGCCGUCGUGGACGUACAAUUCGAUGAGGGAUUGCCACCAAUUCUAAACGCCUUGGAAGUGGAAAACCGAUCACCUCGACUUGUUCUUGAAGUCGCCCAGCAUUUGGGAGAGAACACUGUCCGAACAAUUGCUAUGGACGGUACCGAAGGUCUCAUCCGUGGCCAGAAAGUCAAAGACACCGGAUACCCCAUUCGUAUCCCUGUAGGUGCUGAAACUUUGGGUCGGAUCAUCAAUGUAAUUGGUGAACCAAUUGACGAACGUGGCCCAAUUGCCACCACAAAGACCGCCCCUAUUCACGCCGAGGCUCCUGAAUUCGUUGAGAUGAGUGUCGAGCAAGAAAUUCUCGUAACUGGCAUUAAGGUCGUCGAUUUAUUGGCUCCAUAUGCCAAAGGUGGUAAGAUCGGUUUGUUCGGCGGUGCUGGUGUCGGUAAGACCGUAUUGAUCAUGGAACUUAUCAACAACGUCGCUAAGGCUCAUGGUGGUUACUCCGUCUUUGCUGGUGUCGGAGAACGUACGCGUGAAGGAAACGAUUUGUAUAACGAAAUGAUUGAAUCUGGCGUCAUCUCCCUGAAGGACAAGACCUCGAAAGUAGCGCUUGUCUACGGACAAAUGAACGAACCCCCAGGCGCUCGUGCCCGUGUCGCCCUGACAGGUCUCACCGUUGCCGAGUAUUUCCGCGAUCAAGAAGGACAAGAUGUGUUGCUUUUCAUUGACAAUAUUUUCCGUUUCACACAAGCCGGUUCCGAAGUAUCAGCCUUGUUGGGUCGUAUCCCCUCUGCUGUAGGUUAUCAACCAACCUUGGCCACUGAUAUGGGUUCUAUGCAGGAACGCAUUACCACCACCAAGAAGGGUUCCAUUACCUCAGUACAAGCUAUCUACGUGCCCGCUGACGAUUUAACUGAUCCUGCUCCAGCCACAACAUUCGCUCACUUGGACGCCACUACUGUAUUGUCCCGUGCUAUUGCUGAAUUGGGCAUCUAUCCAGCUGUCGAUCCUCUUGAUUCAACAUCACGUAUCAUGGACCCCAACAUUAUCGGACAAGAACACUACAAUGUUGCCCGUGGCGUACAGAAAAUCCUACAAGAUUACAAGUCUCUGCAAGAUAUCAUUGCCAUUUUGGGUAUGGAUGAGUUGUCUGAAGAAGAUAAGCUGACAGUCGCGCGUGCACGUAAGAUUCAACGUUUCCUGUCGCAGCCUUUCCAAGUCGCCGAAGUUUUCACAGGUCAUGCUGGCAAACUAGUACCACUCGAAGAGACAAUUAAGGGCUUCACGAAAAUUUUGGCUGGUGAUUAUGAUCAUUUGCCCGAGGUUGCAUUUUACAUGGUUGGUCCAAUUGAGGAAGUUGUUGAGAAGGCUGAACGCUUGGCUAAGGAAGCCUAAGUUAAAAUCAAUAGGUUUAUAGAGAAUUAAAACCAUCGUUAGAUGAGCGGCAAGAAUAUUCACCAGAGUUCAUCGUGAGAAAUGGAGAAGUGUAAUGGAAAUAAAUAAAGUCGGAAAAAAACAGUGAA